UACAUUUGUAGUAAGAGGAGACAACAAGCCUUUGAUCAUAGCCGGAGGUGGAGGUGGAGUUGCAAAAAUGACAGAACAACAUUCAGGAUGUGAUGCGUCCAUAAACACAACAGGAAAUACAGGGUUUAACUCGCCACCCCUGUCUGGAGGAAGUAACGGAGAAGGAGGACAAACUGAUAAACCGCCCUGUGGUGGCGGUGGCGGCGGCUUUUACAGUAAUGGAGAAAACUCUAAGAAUUCUGGUGGAGGGGGAAAGGGAGGAAAAGGAUUUCUGAACGGGGGAGAGGGUGGAACACAUUGGGGUGGGUUCGGAGGUGGGGGUGGAUAUAUUAACUUCAAUGAGUCACCUGGGGGAGGUGGAGGGUACUCUGGGGGAAGUGGAGGUGCGAAUAAAAAUAUUUCUUGUGGGGGAGGGGGAGGUUCUUUCAACAACGGAACAAAUCAGCAAAAUGAAUGUUGUUAUAAAACUGUUGGACAUGGUAAAGUGAUCAUAACAUUUCUCUACUGAGAUGCAUGGCAGCACUUUCCUUAGCGUGUAGUGGUAAUUCUGUUUUGAAGCCCUCAUUGAUGUUCAUUUUUUUGCCUCAAACCCACAGGGUUGUCAGCCUGUGCUAAUAGAGGAACUAUUUCAGUGAAAGUACUGCAUGAUGUACAUAGCUUUUUAGCGCCUAACACUCUCAGAGGUUCACUCCAAUAGGUUCACUUCCAGAGGUUCACUCCUACAGGUUCACUCCCAGAGGUUUACUCCCAGAGGUUCACUCACAGAUGUUCACUCUUAAAGGUUCACUCCCAUAGAU